AUGGUCACAAGGGAUCGAGCCGAGAAUAAGGACGGGCCAAAGAUGCUGAAGCCGCUGGUGGAGAAGCGGCGCCGGGACCGCAUCAACCGCAGCCUGGAAGAGCUGAGGCUGCUGCUGCUGGAGCGGACCCGGGACCAGAACCUCCGGAACCCGAAGCUGGAGAAGGCGGAGAUACUGGAGUUCGCCGUGGGCUACUUGCGGGAGCGCAGCCGGGUGCCGCCCCCCGCCGCCGCGGCUCCAGGGCUCCCUCGGUCCCCAGCCCAGGACGCCGAGGCGCUCGCCAGCUGCUACUUGUCCGGCUUCCGCGAGUGCCUGCUACGCCUGGCUGCCUUCGCGCACGACGCCAGCCCGGCCGCCCGCGCCCAGCUCUUCUCCGCGCUGCACGGCUACCUGCGCCCCAAGCCGCCCCGGCCGGAGCCGGUCGAUCCGAGGGCACAGCGCCCCCCGCUGGACCCCGCUGCCCCGGCUCCUGGCCCCGCGCUGCAACAGCGCCCCCCAGUGCACCAGGGCCCCCCUAGUCCGCGCUGCGCCUGGUCCCCGUCCCGCUGUUCCCCCCGCGCCGCGGAUCCCGGCGCGCCGGCGCCCCUCACCGGACUGCUGCCGCCGCCACCGCCGCCUUACAGACAAGACGGGGCGCCCAAGGCCCCGCCGCUCCCGCCGCCCGCUUUCUGGAGACCUUGGCCCUGA